UAUUAGUUAAAAAUCAAUCAAUAGCUGAUUAUAUUUAUAAUUAUUAUACAUAUAUAAUAUUAGUAAAUGAGUAUGUCAGUAUUCAUGUAAGAUAAUAAUCCGUUUACAAGCAGCUCUUAAAACAUCCAACAAUAGGAGAAGUAUUUUACGAUCUUUGAUGAAAAAUUAUAACUUAGUAAUAAUAAGAAGGUUAAAUAGUUUAAAUAUGAAAAAUAAAUCGAUUAGAAUGAUAAAAAAUAAAAAUAGAAUUAAGCAAGUAAAAAAUAUAAAAAAUCAUUCUAAAUGAUGAAGAAAUUUAAGUAAAUUAGAAAAUAAUAAAGAAAAGACCAUAAUAAAUAGACUUAAUUUAUAGAAAUUAUAAAAAGAGUUUGCUAGGAUGAAACGAUUAGAUUAUCGUUUGGAAUUUAAAUACACAAAGAUGGAAUUAUUAGGCUUAAUUACUCUGUUAAUUGUUUAAGUUUUGGGUUUAAUUUCUACUAAAAUGCAAACGUUAGCUAUUCUAAAUAAGAUUCAAUUGUAGAAAUUGAUUUAUCUUUAGGCUAAAAUUUUCCGAGAGCUACUGCCAAUUAGGCUAUUGAAUUUAUAUCUUAAACUCCAUGCAAAAAAUUAAAAUAGGUCCAGCAGAUUUUGUAAAAAUAUUAAGAAGUAAGGGAAAAUGAGUUCAAAAGAAUUUUUUAAGUGAAUGUUGAUAACAGAUUUAAAUAGAAAUAUGACGAUGAAACAAGUUAAUAUGUAGAAUCUUGCAAAGAAUAUAUUUAAGAAUACUAAAAUUAAAACCCAACUCAGAUAUUCCAGUAUGCUAUAGGUAGAGUAAAUUACGAGUAUGAAGACGUACAGAUCAUUAAGUUAGGUUAUUCAAAGGCUUUUCUAGAUUUAAUUGGAAUAGAUAUUUCUAGUUUCACAAGCAUUCUAUUGAGACAUUAGAAAAUUGACUUAAUCCCUGAUAAAGAAGAGAUUAUGGAAAACAGCUUAAAAGGUCUUUAGUAUAGGUUAAUUAAAUUACAAGAGUUGAAGUAUGAUUGCAAAAUAGUUACAUUUGAUGGAUUUCCAUUAAGAGUCACUCUUAAAAAGAAAUAAGCUUUACCUUCAUAUUAAUCAAAAUAAAUAAGUAUAUUUUUAAAAGAAAUGUUUUUAUCUAUUUCAGAAAUUGAUGUUAAUUUAGAUGAUUUAUAUAAUUUGAUCAUUUAUAGAGAGAAACUUUUGCGAAAUGAUAACUCAUUAUUAACAUUUGAUGAAUAUAUUUAAAAAGAACUUUCUUUAGCCUUUGAAGACGUAGAAUAUUCAGUCUUUUCUUAGUCUUUUUUGGAAAAAUAUUAUUCCUAAAAUGUCAUUUAGCUAAAAGAAAUCUAAUAAAAACUUUUAUAAAAAAAUAAUUUUGUGAAUUAAAAAUAAACAAGUUAUAAAUAUAUUCACAACCAAUAUACUGAUUUUAACCCAAUUAAAAUUAUUUCCUCUAUUAGAUGA